CUUCAUGAGAGUGAAAAAGAUGGGGGACGGGCGUGGAAUGCUUCCCAAGCCUUUAGUCUCCGUGAGUUUGUUCAUGAUUUGGGUCUCCAUGACCCUGGUUACCAAGGAGAUCAAUUUACUUGGACAAAUAAACGCAUGGGCGAUGCAUGCAUUCAUGCACGUCUGGAUAGAGCAAUUUGCUCUCAGUCCUGGAUUGAUACUUACCCGGAGACACUAGUCAAACACUUCACGGACCAGGGAUCAGACCAUCGUGCCCUUCUUCUUGCUGAUAAACCAUAUGUUCGUACUAGUCGACCUCUUUUCCGUUUUGAUGCCCGUUGGGAGGAUAAUCCGGAGGUAAGGGCCAUGGUCAACUAUGUCUGGCAGGAGGAGAUCCAAGGCAUCCCUAUGUUUUGACUGUGGGAGCUCCUAAAGAAACUCCGUCAUCUGCUCUAUGAUUGGAGUAGGGAGGGCACAACUAAUUCCCUGCGCAAUAUCAGAAUGCUCCAAACCGAGAUUGAUAGGAUAAAGUCGAUCCAACCGGUGGAUUGGGAUGAGAUCAGGACCCUGGAAACGGAGCUCUCCCACCAGUGGGAAGCGGAUGAGGUAUUCUGGCAGCAAAUAUCCAGGGUUAAAUGGUUAAAAAAGGAGAUCAAAAUUCUGCCUACUUGCGUACAGUCACAAGGGCUCGGCUAAAGAGGAAUUUCGUUUCCGUGCUUCGAAAUGAGGAGGGUGAAUGGGUCACUGAGGAAAUCGGGAAGGCUUCUAUUGCCACCAACUUUUACCAGACCUUGUUUACCUCAGAAAAUCAGGUUCCUAAUAUGGCUGAGAGGGUGGCGAAUCUGCCAAUUGCCCAUAGUGUUACUCCGCAAAUGAAUGCGCAAUUGACAGCGGAGGUUUUGCCUAGUGAGGUUCGGAGUACGGUCUUUUCCAUGGGAUCGAAACAGGCCCUGGGAUCAGAUGGCUUCACAGGGAAGUUCUUUAAAUCUUUCUGGGAUAUUGUGGGCACUUCGGUGGUUGAAGCAGUAAUCUCCUUCUUUACCUCGAGUCGGAUGCUGCGGAGUUUUAACCAUACCUGGCUCACUUUGAUCCCUAAAGUGGACUCGGUGGAAACAAUUAGACAAUUGCGUCCGAUUAGUCUCUGCCAGUUUGUUUACAAAGUGAUUACCAAAAUCAUGGCUGAACGGCUGGCUAGCAUGCUCCCUCAAAUCAUUUCGGAGGGCCAAAAUGGCUUUAUCAGAGACCGACAUAUUAUUGAUAACAUCCUUAUAGGACAUGAACUAAUGCAUUUUCUGAAAAUAAAAAAGCAAGGGAAGAAGGGGUACAUGGCUCUGAAGGUUGACAUGGAAAAGGCCUAUGAUAGAGUCGAAUGGCCCUUCCUUCUUGCAGUUUUGGAUAAGAUGGGUUUUAAUUCAGUCUGGCAAGGAUGGAUUAAUGAAUGUCUUCGAUCCUCCUCUUUCUCGGUUUUGAUGAAUGGUACACCCUCGAGUUAUUUCACUGCCUCUAGGGGUCUUUGCCAGGGGGAUCCGCUCUCUCCUCUCUUGUUUGUACUCUGCACGGAGGGUUUUGCAGCCCUCAUCCGAAAGGCGAUCAUGGAGAAAAAAUUAGAGGGGUUAAAAGUAGCUCCUCGUGCUCCAAGAGUCUCGCAUCUGUUCUUCGCGGAUGAUUCUUACUUAUUUUUGCGAGGUUCUCUGCAGGAGUGCGAGAAUUUAAUUGAGGUGCUGAAUGAAUAUGAGGAACUGAGUGGCCAAUGCGUUAACUUGGAGAAAUUGGCAGUGUGCUUUAGCAAGAAUGUUUCCACGCCAGAUCAGGAGUUCUUGGCCACGAUCCUAGGGGUUGGUGCAGUAGGAGUCCACGAUAAAUAACUGGGGCUUCCAACGGUGGUUGCUCGGUCUAAAAUGGCUACAUUCAGAUAUUUGGAGGAAAAACACCUAGAGCGACUUUAGGGGUGGAAGCAAAGGACAUUGUCGUGGGCUGCGAAGGAAACUUUGAUUAAAUCCAUAGCGUUGGCUCUUCCCCUUCAUGUUAUGUCCUGUUUCCGUCUUCCCCUGGCUCUUUGUCGUCUUUUAGAUAGGCAUGUGGCCCGUUUUUGGUGGGAUGCUGGGGAGGGUCAUCCCAAGAUUAGAUGGGUGUCCUGGCGUAACAUGUGCAGGAGUAAGCAUGAUGGUGGGAUGGAAUUUCGCCAGUUCGAACAUUUCAACCAAGCUCUUUUGGCUAAGAUAGGCUGGCGUAUUCUCAACGAACCUCAUUCACUUAUUGCUUAGGUUUAUAAAGGCAAGUAUUUUCUUCAAGAAUCUUUCCUGACCGCGACUGCUAGGUCUCGUCCCUCUUGGGGGUGGCAGAGUAUCCUUCAGGGCGUCAGUUAUUGGAGAUGGGUUUGAGAUGGCAGGUUGGUAAUGGCCAAUCGGUCUCCCUCCUUCAUUGUAACUGGAUUACUAGGUACCAACUAGAUUCCCCAUGCUAUAAUCCGCGGAUCUUGCCUUGGGGGGGGGGGGUGAUCCCUUGGUGGCGGAGGUUAUUUGUGAUGGGGGAGGGAGGUGGUAUGAUGAGAAGCUCAGUCAAUGGUUUGACCCGCCCACCUGUAGGGCUAUUAAAGCUAUUCCUCUCCCGCGUUGGGAUGUGCCUUAUAGGUUUAUCUGGCAUUUUACGGCCGACGGGGUUUUCUCGGUUAAGUCGGCUUACCAUUUGGUUGUCGAUUUGGACAGGAGGAGGGGUGGGUGGCGAUCCUCGGUUAUCUGGAUGGGUAAGCCCAGUUAGAUUAGAGUUUGGGAGGCGAAGACAUCUACGAAGUUGAAGGUUUUUGUUUGGCAAAUUCUUCAUCGGGCUCUUCCGACUAUGGAGGCGCUUAUUGAGAAAAAGGUCCAGGUGCUACCUCGGUGUCCAGUUUGUUGGGAUGGCCAGGAGACAAUGGAACACCUAUUUCUUUAUUGUCCGGUUGCGCGGGCUCUCUGGGAUUAUUCUGGGCUGGAAUACUUGGGGGAGGGUUUGCCUCGGCAUACUUUUCCUUUAUUUCUCAAACGACUGUUGGUGUUGUUUCAUCAACCGUCAGUAGUUAUGGUUGUUGUUGCCAUCCUUUGGAGGAUCUGGCGAUCUCAGAAUUGGGUAGUCUUUGAAGGCAAACAAUUUGGGAUCCCAACGCUUAUGCGACAAUUUAACCAACAGUAUGAGGAAUGAGUGGGUCUACCAGCAGACCAGACACCUAGGGUGCAAAUCCCGAUGAUGCAAUCUACAUCACAAGUGGGCGAUUCCCAUUUGGUUUGCAUGUGGGACGGGGCUACUAAGGGUGGGUCGCAUUCGGCUGGUGGGAUAGUUCUUUUUGACCCAGCGCGGACACUCCUUCUGGCUAGAGGGGUCCAGUUUUCUCAAAUGGAUGAUCCUGUAGUUGUGGAGUUGCUUGUGCUCAGGGAAGCUAUUAUUUGGUGUGUGGAGCAAGGCUUGUCGGAGGUCCGAUUUGAAGGCGAUGCGAAGGUGAUUAUUGACAAAAUUAAUCAAGCCGACACAAGAGAUAGCCGGUUGGGUGCUGUUCUGGAAGAGAUUGGUCAUUAUUUUCGUACUCAGCCUGGCUUUAGUGUGCGUUUUGUAGGUCGGGAGAACAAUGGGGUAGCUCAUUUGGUAGCUAGGAAAGCCCUCUCUUUGUACCCGACUAUGAGUCGCUUCUUUGAUUUCCAGACCUGGCUGGUUUCCAGGGUGUAACUGUCUAUUUUUUUUCUAUCAAUACAUGAUAUCUUUUGAC